AUGAUAAGAUUGACUUUGUUAUUUUUGUUGAUUACUUCAAACUUAGCUGUUACAGUAACCAUAAAUGAAAAAUGUAACUGUGAAUAGAUAAAGUCUAAAUAGGAUUGUGUUUAAGAGAUUUGUUUAUGGAAAGAUGAAAAAUGUGUUAAAAAUAAAGAAGAAUAGAAUAAUGAAACUGUUAGUGUUUAUUGUGUGUCAUUAGAUUUAAUAAGUUGUUAAUAAUAAAAAGGAUGUGCAUGGAAUGUAGGUGUCUGCGAAUAAUUUAGUGGAUGUUCUGCAUAUAUUGGUAGUUCAAAUGAUGCCUGUUAAUAGAUAUCUUAAUAAUGCACAUCUGAUGGAACUUAAUGCAUAGACCCUUUAAAUUGUGGUGAUUAUAAUGAGUUGAUACUUUGCAAUUCAAAUAUUAAUGCAUAAGGUCGUAGAUGUAAAUGGGAUGAAGAUAAAUGUCGAGAUUAAAAAUGCAUAGAAGCAAGUACAACAUUAAGUACUGAUAGUGAAUGUAAUGCAUUUUAUCCAGGUUGUGUAACAAAUGGAAAGGGUUGUGUAGAAAAAAGAGCAGAAUGUUCAACAUAUGGUGAUUCUUGUGCAGGUAAGAUAGGAAGUGAUGGUAAUUGUGAAAAAACAAAUAAUGGUUGUACUCCAAUACUUUGUACAGCAGCAUUAACAGAUUUAACCACAAAUGAAUAAUGCUCUAAAUUUUAAUUAGGAUGUAUUACUACAGGAAGAGGUUGUUCAAAAAGUCCAUUGAAUAGUUGUAGUACCUAUACUGCUGAACCUAGUAUCUGUUAAUAAAUGAUUGGAUUAGAAGGUAAAUGUGAUAGUGGUGCAUCUAAUUAAUGUCAACAAAGAAAAUGUGAAAAUGCUAGUUAAACAAAUAAUACUGAUGAAUUAUGCUAGUAAUAUUUAACUACUUGCAUUACAAAUGGCAGAGGUUGUGUAACUCAAUUGAAACUGUGUAAUACUUAUUUAGGCACAGCUGAUGAAUGUAAUCAUUAUAUUGGAAGUGAUGGAAAAUGCACUCUAGGUUCAAAUAGUUGUAAAGUAAGAGUUUGUAAUGAGGCACCUGAUACUUUAAAAACAGAUGCUGAUUGUAAAGAUUAUUAAAAUGGAUGUGUAACAACUGGUUAAGGAUGCAUUAGUAAUAGAUAAUCUUGUUCUACUUAUAGUGGGACAGCAAUUAGUUGUUAAAAAUAUAUAGGAAAAGAAGGACACUGUUAUGGAGUGGGAGAUACAGUAGCAGCAUGUAAAGCAUAGAUUUGUUCAAAUGCUCCAACAACUUACACAAGUCAUGAAUAGUGUUCUGAGUUUCAGACAGGAUGUUUAACAAAUGGAAAAGGUUGUGUAGAGAAAACAGUGUGUAUAUCUACAGUAAAAGAGAUAAGUUGUAUUGGUACAAACUAAUGUUUAUGGAAUGAAAUUUGUGUUACAACAACAAGUUGUUAAUAUUAUAAUACAAUAAGUUUAUGUCAUAAUAAUAAGGCUGAUGGAACGGUUUGUUAAUGGACGAAUGGAAUUUGUAGAUAACGAUUUUGUAGUGAUGCACCAAUCACGUAUACAAAAGAUGAAGAUUGCAAUAAUUUUUUAGAGAAUUGUGUAACAAACUCUUAAGGUUGUAUAUCUAAAUUGGCUUCAUGUAAUUAAUAUACUGGAACUAAAGAUACUUGUAUAAAUUUUAGAGGGAAUGGAAUUAAAUGUACAAGUACUAGUGUUAGUAAUGCACCAUGCAGCGAUGUUUUAUGUGUAAGUAAUACAACAGCAACGAGUCAGAGUGAAUGUGAUGAUUUUAUGAAUGGAUGUAAAUUUCAAGGUCUUAAUGGAUGCAUUGAUGGUUCAACUGAAUGUAAUAAAUAUUAUGGAAACCAGGAUAGUUGUAAAACAUAGAAUGGAGUGAAUGGGACUGUAAAAUGUUAUUAAGACAAUGGUGUGACAUCUAGCUGUAGGAAUUUGUAAUGUAGUGAUAAUACUACAGCAACGAAUGAUAUCGAAUGUAAUUUAUUCUUAAAUGAUUGUGUCAGUAUGGGAACAGGAUGCAUCAGUAAAAGUGAACCAUGUACAUCAUAUAGAGGCAAUAGUACUGCAGAUUGUUAAGGAUUUAAAGGAAAUAAUAAGAAUUGUUGGUGGAUUGGUGGUUUUAGUUGUGUUGAUAAAUAAUGUUCAUAAGAUAGCACUUCUACAAGUGAUGAGGCUUGUAAAUAAUUUUUGACAGGAUGUGUUUCUAAAGGUAUUGGUUGUAUUGAGAAAACUGAAUUAUGUACAACAUAUUAAGGAAAUGAAGAUCAAUGUUAAAAAUUUAAUGGAAAUGAAUAACCAUGUAUUCGAAAGAAUAAUUGUAUGAAUAGAAGAUGUUCUGAUGUUAUUAGUCCAACUAGUUAAGAUCAAUGCAUUAAUUAUUUAUCAACAUGUAGAUUUAAUGGAUCAAUUUGUAUAGAUGCAGAAAUAUCUUGUACAUCAUAUAUAAAUUUGAGUUAUACUAUAUGUCAAUAAAUUACUACAUAAUCUGGUGGUUUAUGUUAUUUAGCUAGUGGGACUGGAACUUGUUAAGUCAGAACUUGUUCUUAAAAGGGAUCAGCAAAUAAUCAAAGUGAAUGUGAUAAAUUUUUAAUCGGUUGUGUAUUCAGUGGUGCAAACUGUGUUGAAAAAUAAGCUACUUGUGAUCUUUAUAUUAAUUUUACAUCUAUGGCAUGUAGAGAUGCCAAGACUAUUUCUAAUACAGCCUGUUAUAAUAAAUCAACUACAAAUGAUAAUUGUUAAGCUAGAACAUGUUCUGCUCUUACAAAUGAUUUAAUAUAACCUAAUUCAUUCACAGCAGAAUUUUGUUAAUCCUAUCUAGCUUCAUGUAUAUAUAAUGGUACUGCAUGUGUUAAUAAAUAAGAUUCUUGCACUUUAUAUAAUCCUUUUACUGUCUCUGCUUGUAAGUCAGCUUUUACUACUUCAUAAGAAAAAUGUUGGUAAGAAGAUGUAAGUUCUGUUAUUUGUUCAGUUAGAUAAUGUAGUGAUACGAUAACUGCACCAAAUUUAAUUAAUUGUGCUGCUCAUAAGGCUUCUUGCAGAUAUAAUGGUACAUAAUGUGUAGAUUCAUAAACUGCUUGUAAUUUAUAUACAUCAUUUACUUAAAACGCUUGUAAGGAAAUUACUUUAAGUGAUGGAACAACACAAUGUUGGAAAACUACAACAGAUGUUGGAAUAUGUGAAAGUAGGUAAUGUUCAAAUAUAUUGCCUUUAUAUUCAGCUAUUAAAUGCGCUGAACAUAUUUCUACUUGUAAAUAUAAUGGGAACUUAUGUGUUGAUUAAAGGAAUGAUUGCACACUUUAUACAGGAUUCACUUCUGAAGCAUGUAAAUAAGUUACUACAAGUUCAGGAGGAUCUUGUUGGAUUCCUUUCAGUGUACCUUAAUAAUGCACUACAAGAUUAUGUAGUAAUUCAAUUGAAAAUGCAAAUAUUUAAAGUUGUUUAUAACAUUUAGCUAGUUGUAGAUUCAAUGGUUAAAUUUGUGUUGAUAAUUAAGUUAACUGUUAAUAAUACACAAGUUUUACAUAGAAUGCUUGUUAGAAUACAACAACUUCUUCUGGAGUGAAAUGUUGGAAAUCUUCAUAAUCAGUUGGAAGUUGUGAAAGUAGGAGUUGUUCGAAUAAUGUAAUAAAUGCUAAUUAUAAUACAUGUGGUGAUCAUUUAUCAACUUGUACCUUUGAUGGUGUCAAUUGUUAUACUAUGUAAGAUAAUUGUUCUCAAUAUACAAAUGUUUCUGCAUUACAAUGUCAAAAUUUAAGAACAACUUCUGGAGGUAGAUGUUGGUUAGCAUUAGGUUAAGGUACUUGUAUAAUUAGAUAAUGUAUUCAUAAUACAAUAGCAAUGACAGAUUAAGAAUGUGAAGCAUUUUUAAGUGGAUGUAGAACUUCAGGUAAAGGAUGUGUUGAUUCAACAGUUCCUUGUACAUAAUACAUUGGUACAACAUCAAGUUGUCUUACCUUUGUUGGUAAUUCAAUAAAAUGUAAAGGUGCAGAUUCAAGUGGUUCAUGCACAGUAAAAAAUUGUUAUGAUAAUAUGGAUGGUGUAAAUGAUGUUUAAUGUAAUACAUUUAUGUCUGGAUGUGUAAGUAGAGGUAAAGGAUGUAUAGCUAAGAUAGAUCCAUGUACAAGUUAUAUUGGUAAUUAAACUACUUGUUCUUAAUUUAUAGGAAAUUAGAAAAAGUGUUGGAAUAAUAGCAAUGCAACUUCAACUUAAUAAUGUCGAGAUCGAUUAUGUUCAGACGAUACUACUUCAAAUAGUGAUGAAUUAUGCUAAGAGUUUUAAGUAGGUUGCGUAACUAAAGGAAUAGGAUGUAUUGAUGUAACAUCCAAAUGUACUUAAUAUACAGGAACAUAAGGUGAAUGUAAAAUGUUUAAAGGAGAGAAUGGAACCAAAUAAUGUUGGAAUCUAAGUACAGCAACAGCAUCAACUGCUUGUGUUAAUAGAGUAUGUACUCACAAUCUAAGUGCAACUAAUGAUUAAGAAUGUGAUACUUUUCUUAAAGGAUGUAUUACUAAAGGAUAAGGUUGUGUAUCACCUUAACCUUGUUCUUCCUUUUAAGGUACUAUUAAAUCAUGUGCAAUGUUCUCAGCAACUGAUAAACCAUGUAAAGGUAUAAGUUCAACUACUAUUUAAUCUUGUGUAUCUGUAAAAUGUAAUGAAGCACCUAAUAAUUAUGAUACUGAUGAAUUAUGUAAUACAUUCAAAGAAGGAUGCGUUACUAAUGGUUUUGGUUGUGUUGAUAUUGUAUUAUGUGAAGAUGUUUAAACUGAAAAGGCUUGUAAAAGUAAACCUACUUGUGCUUAUGUUGGAAAUUGCAGAGAUUUUCAAACUGAAUGUAGUGCUCUUAAAUCUUAAUCACUUUGUGUCAAUACUCCUGUUAGUACUGCUAUUGGUAUGUGUGCAUGGGAAGUUAAUAAUAUUACUAAUGUAGGACUUUGUAGAAAUUGGAAAUGUGAAGAUGCUUCAGAAAAUUUAAUUACUCAUGAAGAUUGUAAUCUGUUAUAUAAAAACUGUACAACAAAAGGAAAAGGAUGUAUCUCUAUUGGUUCAUGUUAAUCAUAUACUACUGCUGCCAUAUGUUCUGUUGCUAAAACUACUGAUCUGGGUGGCAGUUGUGUUUGGAAUAAAACAUACUGUCGAUAAUUAGAUUGUUCUGAUGCUAGUAAAUAACUUACUACUGAUAUUAAAUGUCAAGAAUUUCUAAGCAAUUGUGUUACUAAUGGAAAAGGAUGUAUUAAUGUUUAAUACAAAUGUGAAGAAAUUUUGAUUAAAGAGAAAUGUACUAUAGAUUUUAAAGGUAAUACUUGUUUAUGGUUUUAAUCUUAAUGUAUAACAUAUACUAAAUGUAGUGAUAUAAAUGGAAUCUCAUAUGCAUAAUGUAAUAAAUAUUCUAAAAAUUGUACAAGUAAUGGGAAUAAUUGUAUAGCAAUAGCACCAUGUAAUAAAUAUACAAAUCCAACUAGUUGUUAAACUGGUACUAAUGGUUAGUGUGGUUGGGUAGCUGCUACUCUUAAUAAAGCUGCUUAUUGUACUUAAUUCACGAAAUGUAGUGAUGGUACAGGAACUACAAAAGAACUUUGUUAGUAAUUUUCUGCUUUAUGUAUUUCUGAUGGGAAUGGUUGCAUAGAGAUAACAACUUGUUCUGGUUAUGUCACAUUAAUAAGUUGUGUUUCUGGUGGAACAGAUGGUAUUUGUUUUUGGGAUAAUGGAACAUGUAGAUAAAGAUAAUGUAAUGAUGCUACAGUAUCUACAGCAAUAGAAAUUACUAGUCAUUAAAAAUGUAAUGCAUUUCAAGCUGCUGCUGUUUGUACAACUGAUGGAACUAAUUGUGUUUAAAUGGGAUUAUGUAGUACAUAUAAAGAAUAAGGAUGCUAUUUUGGUACUGAUGGAGAGUGUAUUUAUACAUUUCCAUCAGGUUAAGUUUAAGGUAAGAAAUCUUGCAGAUUGAAGAUCUGUACUGAUUAUAAUGAUGUUACAUCAGAAUUGUGUAAAUUAAGAAAUUCCUAAUGUAUAUCUAAUGGAUUAUAUUGUAUAAAUAAAAGUUAAUGUUCAUCAUACAAAACUAAAGUAGCUUGUAAUUCAGGUGGAAUGGAUGGAAUUUGUGUAUUUACACCAUCUUAAAAUGAUCCUAAUAAUGGUGAUUGUGCAUUAAUGACAUCAUGUUAAUAGGCUAAAUCAGAUAUGGUAGCCUGUAAAUCUAAAUUUAAUACAUGUUAAUUUCUAGUUUCAUCGUAAAAUGGAGUUAAUUCAACUUCUUGUAUUAAUCAUACAUGUGCAACUAUUGCUAAUGGAUCAGUUUGUAAACCCAUUUAUAGUUUUGAUGAUAAAUAAAUUACUAUCUGUGUAACAACUGCUUCAGGUUGUGCAGUGGGUGAUUCUAAUUAAUUAUCAGCUUCAACUUGUUUCGAUUCAACUCUCAAAACAUAUACAUGGAAUACUGCUACAAAUCUAUGUGAAAAAUGUAAUAAUCUAAUCAUUCAACCUAAUAAUACCAACAAUACAAAUAGUAAUAUAACAAAUACUUUUACAUAGAUCCUGUUCGUAUUUCCAUUAUUGAUAAUGUUUUAAUUAUGA